AUGUCCACCAAAGCUUGUGCCGCUAAAGGUCGCCGCGAGUGCGUCCGUGGCUUCUACAGAAACACCUGCCACAGCUGCGCUACGGGCUCUAUCGUCUGUGGGAUGUGCUCCCCUUCCUCAGCUUCUUGCAGCUUUUGUGUCGACGGCCGCAGGGAAUGCGACGACUGUUACGGACUCGGCUUUGUCCAACGCAUCUGCCAGGACUGCAUCAAGGAACAUUAUCGCCGCCAAGGUCCCCAAGCCAAAAUGACCAAGGCCAUGGGCCAGGUUUCCAAGAGCAUGGUCUCGCUUACGAGUGUCAUUCAAACAUCGCCCAAGAUCGGUCCCAGUUAUGACAGCAGGGACGAGAGCGAUUCGGACGUAUCCAGCGGUUUGAGUGCCCACAGUCUCUCAUCAUCCCUGAAGCCUAGGCUCCAAGCAGCAGCCUUGAAACUGAGCAGGGCCACGUCUAUGUUUUCUGGCAGCACCGCGCACAAGGAUAUGACUCAUCACCGCAAGUGGUCCUGGUCGUCCUUCAGCCGUACCCAAUCUACCCCCAUGGCUGCUUGA